AUGUACUCCAAGGCUACCAUCAUCUCCAUCUUCGCUGGCUUCGCCGCCGCCCAGAUCCACCCUGCCGUCGGUGACCCAAAGGGUAACCCCAUCACCCGUCCUUUGAACGAGAUUGUCCCCAAGUGUGAGCCCUUCACCAUCACCUGGGAGCCCACCACCCCCAACACGGUCUCUGUGCUCCUCCUCAAGGGCCCCGCGACCAACGUCGUCAAGUUCGGACCUUCUCUCGCCGAGGGCAUCAAGAACAGCGGCAGCCUGACCUGGACUCCCGCCGCUGACCUGCCCGUCACCGAGGCCAACCAGGGCUACGGACUCCAGAUCAUCGACGAUGUGACGGGCCAGUACCAGUACAGCACCCAGUUCGGCAUCUCGGCCGGCGACUGCGGUGCCGUCUCUUCGUCUGCCGCUCCCUCGGUUGCGCCCUCAUCUACGCCCGCCGCCGGCUACCCUGCCUCGACUCCUUCUGCUGCCGGCUACCCUGCCCACACUCCCGUUGCGCCUUCCUCGGUCGCAUCCGUUGCUCCCUACCCCACCACUAUGGCCUCUGCCCCUGCUCCCAUUGCCACCGGCGGCCUCUACCCCAACGGCACUGUCCCCAAGCCCACUGGCGCUAACAGCACCUCUCCUCCUCUUCCCGAGCAAACCACCAACGCCGCUGCUGGUCUCUCUGCUGGCCUUGGCUUCGUCGGUGCUGCUGCCGCCGUCGUUGCCUUCGUGCUCUAA